AUGAGAGAAGUCAACUUCAGCAUCCCCAACGUCAAUAAGGCGUCGGUCGGCAUCACGACCGCCCUUUACGAUCGUCGGGCCCUUGACUGUACAUCCACCCUCCCUCUUAUCAACUCUCUAAACCAUCUCGCCUACCUCACCACCUCCUCCGCUCGCAUCCGCGACAUCCUCACCGUCGAUGGCGGCAUCGAGCGCUUGGUGUGCAUCCUGAAACGCGGUCGCAGUAAAGACAUGAUGGAUAUGUGGAAAUGGAACCUGGCCUUUCAGUGUGUCGUCAACAUUGGUGUCAGGGGCACUGAAAAUGUUCGCACACGCGUCGUCGAGGCCGAUAUGGUCCCCGUCAUUGCUACCAUCCUCGACAACUAUAUCAAGGUCACGGAGAAGUGCAGAGACAAGUCCGAUGACAAGAGCAAGGACCAUCAUCAUCGUCACCGGAGCCACGAGCAUCGCAGCGCCCAUAAGGCUCCCUCCUUUACCAAUAGAUCCAGUCGAGUCGAGGUUGAUCAGCGAGCCUCCCGUCGUCAGGCGCCUCCUCCCUCCAUCGACGUUUCUGCGACGUACGCCGGGUCCUCGUCUACUUCUGCAGUCGAUCAGCAGACCACCGAGACCAUGACUGCUCCGGCGCAGCAUCCGCUGGCGUCCUCGGCCGAGCGAUCUGCUCUCCCAGCUCACCGACACCACCACCAUCAUCACCACCACCACCAUUACCGCGCUGCCGAGGCCCGCCAUGCCGUUGCAUCCCCGCCUCGUCAGACGGUGCAGCCUUUGGCGCCUGCCGUGCCUCCAACGGAAACCAUGGAGGGCUUCGUUCGGCCAGUCCGUGACGUCGAUCGUCUGGCUUCCAUGAUGAACUUUGGCCACGCGAACCUGACCUCGCAACCAUCCUCCCCCACGACUCCCUUGGCGCCUCCUCAGAUGCGUUCUCCUACCGUUCGGCCCACAUCUGGACUCGCACCCACUAGUCGAUCCCGGCGCCGCCCUUCCAUUCGACACCAGAACUCGACUGUGGACUCGGACGACUUGGUUGGGGAUGACGCGCCGUCUGACGAAUCUCCUGAUGCCGAAAUGUCAGGCACCGGCACCGAGCUCCAGACCGCUGUCAACAUCCAAGACAUCACCAUGGAAGAGGGAGACAGCAUGCUUGCUGGCUCUACCACUAUGGACCUGAACACCCCCACCGUCUCAGAAACACAGGAUACCGGAACCUUCAACAUUACACAUCGAGGUCCUGUUGAGACGAGCAACACAGCUGCUACAACGCCUGCGCCUGUGCCUCCCAUUGGCCUUUCCCCGAACCGCCCCACAAUGGUCACUCCACCCCAGCCGGCCAUCCCCAACGCCAGCGUCCCUCGGUAUUUACUCGACCGGCAAUUUGUACCCAACGCUCAGGUGCUGGCUGCUAUGCCUCGUGAAGAGGACGUCUUGAUGUCCCUUCAACUGCUUGCGUACGUUUCGAAAUACUGCGGCCUGCGGUCAUACUUCCAGAAGAGCCACCUAGUUCCUAGACUUAAAAUCGGAAAAGAACUUCGCUAUCUGGAUGGCGAGAAUGCUUCGACGGAUCAAAUCGACGAUGAGGAACUAGAGGAGGAGUACUUGCUACCGAACGACUUCAACAUCUUUCCCCUCGUGGAGAAAUUCACAGUUCGACACCACAGUACAGAUAUGCAGUAUUGGGCUGGCGUUGUCAUGAGAAACUUGUGCCGAAAGGACGACACCCGCGGAGGUAUUCGACAGUGCGCCUACUACCAGUGCGGCAAGUGGGAGGAGUUCACCCGCCAAUUUGCCAAGUGCCGUCGCUGCCGUCGCACCAAGUACUGCAGCAAGGAAUGCCAAAAGAGUGCGUGGGCUUUCCAUCGACACUGGUGCGUUGCUGCAACCCAGUGA